GUCGACUUCCGAUCACCUCUGCUGUUUCCCGAAGUGUCCGCUGUUUAUUUUUCCAGAGUGAAAAAAAAAAUAAAAUAAAAAUGGCUUUGGAAUUGUCCGAAGAUCAGUUAAAAACAGCAGAGACCGAGCUGAAGAAAUAUUUACCUCGGUCACAGCAGGUUUACGGGUUUCUGGUGCUCAGAAACAGAGUCAGAUCGGACCCCGUAAAGGUUUUAGUGGACAGAUGGCCACAGUUCCGCGUCAUUGUGUGCAAACCACAAUGUAAACAGAUGAGUGACCUCUUCAAAGACACACUGGUUUUUGCAAAUGAUGAUGAUGUUCUAGAGGAAAUCCUAAAAAGGUCAUCUGUUAUUGACUGGAGCAGGUACCUUUGUGUUGGAACCAGUAUCCCCCACAUUGAGAUAUUCAGAGCAGUGGCAUCAGAGAAAGGUGUACCCUGCAACAAACUGGCAACAUGUCACUUGAUGAUACUGGAGGAUGUGUCCAAGCUUCCCUCUGCAGACAGCUCAGGGAUCUCACUAAGCUCUCUGAAUGAAUCACACAUUGACUUGGUGAACCAGAUGUGGAAGUUCGGAAACAACGAUGGGGCUGACUGUAUGAUCCGCAACAUGAUCGCAAACUUCCCUUCUUGCUGCGUGCUGGAUGCUGAGGGAAAGCCCGUGUCCUGGAUUCUGACCUAUGCAUCAUGUUCUAUUGGAAUGCUGUAUACAUUGCCAGAGCACAGAGGGAAAGGCUACGCCAAAAUCCUGGUGAGCAGCUUGGCCAAGAGGAAUCAUGCACAGGGCUACCCAGUUUACUGCUUCAUAGAAGAGGAGAACACCAUGUCCUACAGGCUCUUUGCAAACCUGGGCUUCACUGAAGAUCCCUCUUACAGGGAAGGCUGGUUUGGUUUCAAUGAUGGUCAAAUAUUUCAAUGAAGGACAGAAUAUAAGUUAAAAAAAAA